AUGACCAGCAGAGAUACCACGAUGAACAUCAGCCCCGACAAAGUGACCACGUUGGGAGCCAUCCACAAGGGGAAGAUCUUUUCGAACUGGACCCAGAACCGUUUCAGCACGUACUUUGUCAUCAACGAGCGGUCCUCCGAUUGCGCAGAACCCGGACCGUCUCUGGCUAAGGUGGCAGCAGAACCUUUGAAGAUGGUUCUGAUUCCGCCCUGUUUGUACAGGCUGGAAACGGUCUGGGCGAACGAGACCUUGGCGGCAGAGGUCUGCAUCACGAUCUUGACGCGUUCAAAUGGCGCCGCGAUCAGCGUCGUGGGAAUUGCGCUGAAAAACCCGGCCGCACUGAUUUGCGAUAUAGUGAGGGGUGAGUUUAGGGGAUCCAAACCAGAAACGGCGCAAACCAGCUUUUUUCCCACGUCGUAUCCCCAAAAAGACACUGCAAACAUUGGUGUCACUCCCAAAAGUGGCGACGUGACUCCUUUGUAA